AUGGCGUCCUCGGGCGUCGCCCCGCCGAGCAUUUCAAACCCUAAGCUCCCUUCUGCUGCCGCGGCCUCAGCCGCUUCCCGAGAAUCGAGGCGAACCACCUCCUCCUCGGAGCGCGGCCUGGCGGCCCCGCCAGCACUCCAUCCUCAGCUGCGGCCCCGCUCGCUCCGCGCGCGUGCGUCCGCCUCCGGCGACGGAGGGGAAGAGGGGGGAGCGUCUGCCGAGGCUAGAACGAAAUCCGAAUUUGAGACGCCUAACAGAAAUGUUAGUUCUGGAGAAGGCUAUGUCGGUCUAUUUGUACGCAUGCUCGGUCUGGACAAUGAUUCUCUUGAUAGGGAGCAAGCAAUAAUAACACUUUGGAAAUAUUCUCAAGGGGGUAAAAGUUGCAUCGAUGGGAUCAUGCAGUAUUCUGGCUGCAUUAAUCUUGUCAUCAGCCUUCUGAAGUCAGAUUCAUGUGCUACUUGUGAAGCAGCUGCUGGGCUUUUAAGGACCGUGUCCUCAGUCAACUUAUAUAGAGAUAUUUUAUCUGACAGUGGAGCAAUAGAGGAAAUAUCCUCUCUCCUAUGCCGUUCUCCUUUGACGUCAGAGGUGAAGGAGCAAAGUUUGUGUACCUUAUGGAACCUAUCUAUUGACGAGAAACUGAGAGUAAAGCUAGUAAACAAUGAGUUCUUACCUGUGCUUGUCAAGUUUCUUGAUGAUGAGGACAUAAAGGUUAAAGAGGCUGCUGGCGGAAUUCUAGCAAAUCUAUCCUUAAGUCCUUGCUGUCACAGCUUAUUGGUAGAAAAUGGCGUGAUACAGAAACUAGCAGAUAUUUUAAAACGGAACGUGGAGGACUCUAAAGUUCUUCGAAAAGAAGCAAAAACCACACUGCUGGAACUUGCUAAAGAUGUGUACUAUAGAAUUUCUAUAAUGGAGGAGGGUCUAAUACGGGUCCCUAUUAUUGGUGCUUCUGCAUACAAAUCUUUCAGAUCUCCAUCACACUCCUGGCCUUCUUUACCUGAUGGCACAGAGCUUCAAAGGAGUUCUCGUCCUUCAAGAUACGGUGCUACUGAACUCCUUCUUGGUUUGAAUGUACGUGAGAAAAAUUCCAGUUUGGAGGAAGCUAAGAUGAAUGCCAUAGUAGGACGAUCUCAGCAGCAAUUUCUUGCAAGGAUUGGGGCUAUAGAAUUGGAAGAUGUAAGCAAAUCUACAACUACACCUUCAUUAAAUCAACAGUAUACAAUCUUGCCAUGGGUGGAUGGCGUUGCUCGACUAGUUUUGAUUCUUGGACUUGAAGAUGUUUCGGCAAUUACAAGGGCUGCUUCUGCAAUUGCUGAUGCAUCAAUAAAUGAACACAUGAGAAAUGCAUUCAAGGAAGCUGGAGCCAUUAAACCUUUAGUUCAGCUAUUAGGUCAUGAUAACGAGUCUCUUCAAGAAGCUGCAGCUAAUGCCCUUGAGAGGCUGUGUGUCAGCCAUGAAAUUUGCCAGACAAUUGAAUUAGAAGGUGUCUUGAGUCCUCUAGCUACCAUACUCAAGAAUGCAAAUACAUCAAAAAAAUUAUUGGAAAAGGCUGUGGGCAUACUUUUUCAAAUUUUUGACCUGGGCAAGGACAUGAAAAGAAAGAAUGGUAAUCAAGUGAUCAAUGGAUCAAGUGGGAAGCUAUAUGCUACAAGCAAUUCCAAGCAAAAUGGUAUAUUGAAAACUGUGGAUGGCAUAUCACUAUCAGAAGUGGCAGAGAGGAAGAACAUUAUCGACUCAAGUAUAAUAUCACUCCUCAUUAACAUGUUGCGGACAUCACCUCCAACUUGGCAAGUAAAGGCUGCUUCAAUUCUUGAAUACAUAGCAGCCUCUGAGUCCCACGCAACUAUGAUUUCUGCAUCGGAUAUUGAGGCAGGGCUUGAUGAUGUUCUUCAACAAGCGUCUUCAGGAGGCACAGAAGAUAACAUCGAUGACCAGUUCGAGUUGGAUCCUGUCAGAGCUGAAGAAAUUGGUCUUGCUAUAGCAGCAGCAGCAAGGCUACUGACGAAACUGUUAAACUUGGAGCAAUUUCGCAACAAAAUAGAUUCUGCUCGUUUCAUACUUCUAUUAAGGAACAUUCUCAAGUCUGAUAUACCUCUUCAUUCCAAGAACUGGGUAGCUGCAUGCCUAGUAAAGUUAGAAUCACUAGCCCACUCAGAAAUCAAACUGGAAAAGCCAGUUGACAUGGAGGUAACCAUUUAUGAGACAAUACCUAGACUCUUAGAGCAGAUGGAAAAAUCAUUUUCUCUUGACAACCGAGAAGCUGCUGCAAUUGAAUUGAACCGGGUUGUCUCUAGAGGCGGAGUAGAGUGCACUAGAGCUGUAGCUAAUGCUGGAGGGAUAUUUUCAUUAGUGAAAUUGCUUGAAGAGGGGACUGGUGAAGCAUUGGAAGCUACCCUGGCUGUGUUAUACAACUUAGGAAUGGACAGUGAGAAUCAUUCAGCGAUGAUUGCAGCUGGAGCUGUGCCUUUAUUGAAGAGGAUAGUUCGAUCAGAAGGGCCAUAUUGGACUCGUGCACUGAAUCUGCUGAGAUGUCUUCCGACUUGAGCUAUUGCAGUAGGAUGAUUGUUAUCCUUCUUGAAUUAAUUGUUCGAACAUGUAUUACAUAGGAUUAAUUGGCAGAUAGACCCCAUGUAAAUUUGAGAAGCUCAAUCAUGUUACAGCGUGCAUUUAUUGGUAUCAGAUUUAGACGGAUAUAGACAGGCUAUUACUGUUGAUUUUGACACAUAUCUCCUUCAACCGUUGAACUUUUGGAACAAGCUGGAUUCUUUUUGGAG